GUUCAGCGCCCAGGGCUGCGUCCUCAGCCCAGGAGAGCCGGAGGCGGCUGCGGAUCCGGGUGCGGAUCCCGAAGCGGAGGCGGAUGCGGAGGCGGAUCCCGAUGUGGAUCCCGAUGCGGAUGCGGAUGCGGAUGCGGAUGCGGAGCGGGCGGCGCUGCAGCGCCUCGUGCUGCUCUCGCACGGCCACAGCCGCCGCUGCGCGCUGGUGCCGGGCGUGCGGCGCGCGCCGGGAUCCCGCCGCACGCUCCUCUGGGAAUGCGCUGGACGCAAUUCCCGCUUCCUGGAAUAUCCUGCAAUAACCCUCCGUUUCCCUUCCCGCCCUCUCCGGCGUUCCUGGCUCCGUGUCCCUGCAGCUCCCGGAGCGCAGCCGGAUGGAGGCAAUUCCCGGGAAACCCCCCCCGUGGAUCCCGAGCCGCCCUUCCUUCCCGGCGCGAAUUCCGGCUGCGGUGACGCUCCGGAGGCGCCGGAGCCGCCAGCGGCUGCCGAGGAGGAGGAGGAGGAGGAGGAGGAGGAAGAGGAGCCGGCGUUCGCCGACGAUCCGCGCGACGGGAAUUACGUCCCGUCCCCGCCCCCGUGCCGCGAGGCGGGAAAAGGGGACGAGGACGCGGCCCAGAUCGGCCCCAAGAGGAUCAGGAAGGCGGCGAAGCGGGAGCUGCUCCUGUGCGACUUCGAGGGCUGCGGGAAGAUCUUCUCCAACCGGCAGUACCUGAACCACCACCGCAAGUACCAGCACGAGCAGCAGAAGACGUUCGCGUGCCCGGAGCCGGGAUGCGGCAAAUCCUUCGACUUCAGGAAGCACCUCAAGGAGCACGAGAAGCUGCACAGCGACAAGCGGGAUUACAUCUGCGAGUUCUGCGCGCGCCGCUUCCGCACCAGCAGCAACCUCCUCAUCCACCGGCGCAUCCACACGGGAGAGAAGCCGCUCCAGUGCGAGAUCUGCGGGUUCCGGUGCCGCCAGAAGGCGUCGCUCAACUGGCACAUGCGGAAGCACGGCGCCGCCGCCGACUACCGCUUCCCGUGCGAGCUGUGCGGGAAGCGCUUCGAGAAGCGGGAUAACGUGGCGGCGCACCGGAGCAAGAGCCACCCCGGAGCGGCGGGAACGCCGCCGGGAAUGCCGCCGGGAACGCCGGGAACAUCACCGGGAAAGUCGGGGACGCCGCCAGGAAUGCCGCCGGGAACGAUAUCGGGAAUGCCGCCUGGAAUGUCGCCGGGAAAGCUGCCCGGAAUGCCACCCGAGACACCCGGGAUCCUGCCGGAGACAGUGGGAAUUCCGCCCGCGGCGCCCAGGAUCCCACCAGAGACGGCCGGAAUGCCGCUGGAGACACCGGGAAUGCCGCCCGAAAGGCCCAAGAUCCUUCCGGAGAUGCCGGGAAUGCCACUGGAGACACCGGCUCCCGCACUGGCCCAAUAA